AUGAGAGCAGGCUUCCUCUUCGGCCGGUUCUGCCUACGCCAGGGCUUGCGAACACAUGCCAAUUCCAAUGUCAACGUCGCCUUUCUUGCCCGUCGCUUCGCCUCCAGGAGUCGCCAUGCCGCCCAACCACUGCAAUCGCCCGCCGGCUGGAGGAGGAUAACACUACGUGCAUCGGGUGGUAUCGCAGCCCUGGGAACAGCUGCGUUUGUUGAAUUGUCGCAAAAGGAAAACAACUCCCCGGAAGAUACAGCCGAGAAGCGUAUGCUGGAGGUGUCGCGGGAUGAGAUCAAAAAAGGGGUCAGCGAAGAGUCUCGAGGACUGUCCCGGGUGGCGCAACAAAUAAAAUACCUCUGGGACAUUGUUAUUCUGGAACCUGUUUGCACGGGAAUUCGCUUCCUGCAGCUUGUCUUCAUCUUCGUCCCCGUUAUCGUCACCGUCCCGGCCAUCUGGCUUGGGCGACGUCAGCGUCAUCGUGACAAUGAGCGCUCCGGGACACUCUGGUGGUACGGAUUCCUGGUAAAUGCCAUGGAACUAGCUGGGCCGGCCUUUAUCAAGCUUGGGCAGUGGGCAGCAUCCCGAACGGACAUUUUCCCCACCGAGAUGUGUGAGAUCAUGUCGAAGCUGCACUCCAACGCCCCGGCGCACUCCAUGCACGCCACCAGGAAGACGGUGGAGGCUGCGUUUGGCGGCCGCAGCUUCGAAGACAUUUUUGACGAGUUUGAUGAGACACCUUUGGGUGUAGGUGCUAUUGCACAGGUCUACAAGGCUAAACUAAAGCCCGGUCUAGCACAACCCGACGACCUUGACGACCACAAGCAGCGACGACCAUUGGUACAGAAUGUGAGACGCAAGGUCGAAACUGUUCUCAAGAGUUCGCCGCAAAGAGUACCCUCUUCAUAUGUUGCCGUCAAGGUAUUGCACCCCAGGGUUGAGAGGACAGUCCGAAGAGAUCUUCGGAUCAUGGGCUUCUUUGCUUCUGUCCUCAACUUCAUUCCUACCAUUGAAUGGCUUUCGCUUCCAGACGAGGUGACGCAGUUUGGUGAGAUGAUGAAGCUCCAGCUUGACCUCCGAAUUGAGGCUGCGAACCUCUCUACCUUUCGUCAGAACUUCAAGGGCCGGUCCACCGCAUGGUUCCCUUACCCCUACGCUGAGUUCACUACUAGAAAUGUUUUGAUUGAGGAGUAUGCGCAAGGAAUUCCCUUGGCGGACUUUAUGGAGAAUGGCGGCGGGGUGUUCCAACACGAUAUUGCUGAUGAGGGCCUCGACGCUUUUCUCCGCAUGCUGCUCCUCGACAACUUCAUCCACGCCGACCUGCACCCGGGAAACAUCAUGGUGCGCUUCUACCAGUCUGCCAAGCCAGAGUUGGGGUUGCGCGGAGCCUUCGCCAAGCCUCACCCUGAAGACCAGGACGAUGUCACUGAGCAGGUGCUAGAGCGCCUCCGCCCUUACCGCCACAAACGGAAUACGGCCGCGUGGCAGGCCGAACUGGCCAAGAUUGAUGCCGAGGGCUUUCGCCCGCAGCUCAUAUUCAUCGACACGGGUUUGGUGACGGAGCUCAACGCCACGAACCGCGCCAACUUCUUAGAUCUCUUCCGUGCAGUCGCCGAAUUUGACGGCUACAAGGCCGGCCACCUCAUGUGUGAGCGGUGCAGGCAGCCCGACGCGGUCCUCGAUAAAGAGGUAUUUGCGCUCAAAAUGCAACAUCUGGUGCUUAGUGUCAAGAGCCGCACCCUUGCUCUCGGUACUGUCAAGAUCGGCGAUAUUCUACAACAGGUGUUGAGCAUGGUCCGCCAGCAUCACGUCCGUUUAGAGGGCGAUUUCGUCAACGUUGUUAUCAGUAUCCUCCUGCUCGAGGGAAUCGGCCGCAGCCUGAACCCAGACGUCGACCUUCUAAGUAGCUCUCUGCCCAUUCUGCGUCAAUUGAGUGCUCAGAGCGGCACCGAGAUGGUCAAGCAUGGCGACUUUUCCAUGCUGUUUGUUUGGGUGGGACUCGAGGCCAGGCGGUUUAUGCAAGCUAGCAUUGACGACGUUGAACGAUGUGUCAAAUACGACCUCCUUUCACCGAAUGUGUAA